AUGGGUAACUCGGCAGCCGAAAUCUUCAGCUUUGUCCUGGUGAUUCUCUCAAUCGGUUCCUUCAUUCUGUCCGGCACCACAGACUGUUGGAGGGAGGAUGCGAAGGAUCCGUACUCCUCCGUGGGUUUGAGUUCUCGCUGCCGUGGCCUCUGGAGCGAAUGCGUUUAUGAUAAUAUGGCGGAUCUUUGGACCUGUGAUAUUCCCGUCUCCUACCUGAGUGACCAUCCAGUCGGUCUGGUGAUCACUCGGGCUUUGGUGAUUAUAACGGGCGUUCUCUGCAUCGCGGCCGCUCCGCUCCUGCUUCUCGGCAUGAAAUGCACGACGUUUCUCAGCAGCGCAGACCGCCGGAAAGUCUGCUUUUCCACAGCGGCGGGAAUAAUGCUUCUAGCCGGAGGGAUUGCCGGGGCAGUCGCGGUGUCUUGGUUCGCGGUCGACACGGCUUUGAAAUACAGGGCGGAGGUGGGGUUGGCAGUGCCGGGUAUCACCUAUGAGCUCGGCUACUCUUACUGGUUGGCUGCAGCUUCUGCCGCGGGCGCCUGCGUUCCGGCCUUGCUGCUGAUUGGUUUAAACUGCAGGAGGAAUCCUACGGCGGAGAAAGAAGCCAACCGCGCUUCUCAAUGUAGAAGCCAUCACAACGCGACGACCUAUCUGUGA